AUGAAGAUUGUCAUCAUAGGCGGCGGUAUUGGAGGUCUCGUCACCUACCAUGCUUUGCGCAAACACCUUUCGGAAACCGAUCCCUCUAUCUCUGUAAAACUCGUGGAGUCGCAUCCCUCUUUGUCAAAUACUUCGCGCGUGAUUGGUGGUGGUCUUGGACUCGCACCAAAUGGCAUGCGCGCUAUUGCCUCUAUUGCCCCUGAGGCAGCCGCCUACAUCAACGAGCGUGGUUUUCUUGGCGACACCAUGUCUUUCCGUAAUUCAAACGGACGCUUACUGGGGAGGUUUAACAGCGGUACGAUGAGAAGAUAUGGGUUUGGGAUGCUGAUGAUUCGUCGGGCUGUCGUGCACGAGGCUCUCAUUCCUGGCUUGCGUGAAGAAGAUGUGCACUGGGGAAUGAAGGUCGAGGGCGUCAAAGAAGUCGGAGAGCAGGUGCUAGUUGAGUACGAGGACGGUACUACGGAACUGGCAGAUCUCGUCAUCGGCGCAGAUGGCGUUCGCAGUGUUGUUCAGGAUUCUCUCUUUGACGGGGCUUAUAAGGCCACCUACGACGGUCUCACAGGCGUUGGCGGUUUUAUACCCUUUUCCGACCUCUCUCCCAGGCUUCAAGAGAGUUUUGACACCCACGGUGUCACCAUGACCUUUGGAAGAAAGGGGUUCUUUGGGUACUCCCUCUGCGUACCCGCAUCCACCCCUUCCCCUUUCAUCCAAUGGUGGUCCAUCUAUGAAGCUCCCUCUAUGCCCAAUCGCGAGAAGCCCAACAAGGACGCCAUCAAAGCCCAGCUCCUCGCCCGCCACAGUUCCUGGAAAUCACCAUAUGAUUCUCCCGACUCAGGGGUAUACAAAUCCAUCAUCGAGCUCGGUUGCCGCGACUCUGAAAGGCCACAGAAUCCCGAAAUGCAAGCCAUGUUGGCGUUCGACAUGAACGUGCUCGUCCUGCCGCGAUAUGUCACGCCGCGCCUCCCGUGCUGGACUAACGCUGGAUCGAAAAACGAGAGGGCUCAAGGGAGAAUUGUCUUACUUGGUGACGCAGCGCAUACGAUGCCUCCUGAUUCCGGGCAAGGGGUCUCUUGUGCGGCCGAGGACGCUGUUGUCUACGCUCUCCUCUUGAAGCACUACUAUACAGCCCCGGAUGGACUGCGCAAGGCUGCCAAGGCGUAUGAAAGGAUGCGUAUGCCACGGGUCCAUCGAAUUCUGGACGUAGCCAAACGGAAUGGCGAUGCGAAGAAGGAGAUGGGGUGGUUUGCGCAAAAAUUCAGAGAUACAGCCAUAUGGCUACUGUGUAAACUACCGGAGUCUAUACAUGACUACGCUUUUGCUUAUGAUUCAGAGAAAGCAGUUGCAGAAUUUCUGGCAAAGGAGAAUUUGUGA